UCAGCUGUGUGGAUCGUGAAGUGCGGAAUCGAAGGGCCUGCAGAAGAUAGCCGAGAAGCCCAAAGCUGAACGCUGAAAAAAUCCUCGCUAGCGUCACGCACCGUGCAUGCCACAGCAACAACAACAGCAACUUCAACAACUACUACUACUACAAGAACAGCCAGUAAAGCGUAAAGCAAAAAUGUAAAACCAUAAAUAGAGAAUCCCCACAACAAAAACUACUGCUACUACUACUAACUGCAGCAGCAACAACAAAGGCCGCUGCGAGCAGUGGCAGAAAUCAUAGCAUACCGUCAGGCGCACGUUAACUUAACAUGGGUAACUAUGCCAAGCCAAGCACGAAGCAGCUAACACUCAUUCUCUACCUCUCUGUGUGUGUACAUAUCAAUUAAUAUUUAAUUUAUAUAUCAAUUAACAUACUUCUCUCAAGCCUAUUAACUGUCGAUCGAUGUCUUUUAACUUGUGUGUUUUUUGUUUUAGCGCCUCUCAAAGCGAACAUAACCAAUUUGCAAUCCGCCUUCGAUCUUUUGCUCGUUUUUUGAAACAAAGACUUAACUCUCGCUCUCUCUCUAUCUCUCUUUCUUUACCUUAUUUGUUAAACAACGUUUAAAACCAACCAAAUAACAACGAAAAGUUUGCAUACUGCACGGAUAUUGUAAGUGCUAAGGAUCCAGCAAGAGCCAAGAGCCAGAAUCCUAUUUGAAUAGAACAACUAAACUAACCUAACCUAACACGAACCCAACCGACCGAAAGUAUGCUUUAUACGAAUUUUGCUUAACUUUUGCAGACGAUGCACAGCCUAAAAUGCGUUUUAGCCUCUCACCACCGCCACAGAAAGCCAUUAGCAGCGCCCGCCUAACCUCGCCCACCAAGAACAGCCGCAGCACCACCAUCCACCCCGGCAGCUCCACCACCAUCAUCCCCGGCAGCAACAAUAGAAGCCCCAUCAGCGGAGGAAGCAGCUUCUCCACCAUGCUGACCCGCAAUGGCGGAGGCCACGGAACCAGCCCCACCGCCUCCGCCUCCUCCUCGGCCACGCCCACCACCUCGGCGGAUGAUGAAGCCACCUCGGACUAUAACCAGUGGUUGCAUGCCAUGAAGCUGGUGGCCCGACUGCCCGGAGGCACUCCACCCGAGUUCCGACGCAAGCUAUGGCUCUCGCUGGCGGACAAGUACCUCAAGUCGAAGAACGUGGACUGGGCGCAGCAGCGGGAGAAGUGCUUCUGCGAGGAGUGGCGCGAGGACGACGAGGAGCUGGGCAUCCAAAUCGUCAAGGAUCUGCAUCGCACUGGCUCGAAUCUGUGCACCGGCCCCGCGGGCUCCAUUAACCAGGCCAAGCUCAAGCGCAUCCUGCUCGGCUAUGCCCGCUACAACCCCGAGGUGGGCUAUUGCCAGGGCUUCAACAUGCUGGGAGCCCUCAUUCUGCAGGUGAUGGACAAGGAGGAGGAGGAGUCCAUGAAGGUCAUGAUCUACCUGGUGGAGGGCGUGCUGCCCACGGGCUAUUUCUACGGAUCGAUGGGUGGCCUGCAGGCGGACAUGGGCGUCUUCCGGGAGCUGAUGCAGACGCGGCUGCCACGCCUGGCCAAGCACCUGCAGCGCCUCCAGGGACCCGUGGAGAACGCCUUCGAGCCGCCGCUGACCAACGUCUUCACCAUGCAGUGGUUCCUCACCAUGUUCUGCACCUGCCUGCCCAUGUCCUGCGUCCUGCGCGUCUGGGACCUGGUCCUCAUCGAGGGCAGCGACGUCCUCCUCCGCACCGCCCUCGUCCUCUGGAGUUUGUUAGAAGAACGUGUGCUUAGUGUCCGAUCUGCGGAUGAGUUCUAUGGCAAGAUGGGCUCCUACUCCAGUGAGCUGCUCAAUGGACAUCUAGUGGACUCCAAUGGCUUAAUAGAGCGAGUGGUGAAGCUGGGACCCAUAGCGGAUUUACGACAGCUCAGGGAUAAGCACCUCUACAAUAUUGCCCCACUGCGUCACAAGCAGGGAUUGCAGCUCUACUACGACGAGGAGGACACCCACUCGGAUGAGGAACGCAUGGCAGUGGCCACCGUUUUUGGCUUGAAUUGGGGCAGACGUGGAUCUGUGGGUCCGGCGGCGGCGGCGGCAACGGCGGGAAAGCAGCAGGUGGAGCAGAAGGACCGCCUGGCUCUAGACAUUUCCCUGCUGAAGAAGCAGUAUGAUCGGCUGAGGGAGCGCCAGAAGCAGGCCCAUGUCAUCCUGACCACAGCCUGCUCCACAGCAGCCAGGCAGGGAACCAGUGGUCCGGCCGGUAGCUCCCAAUCUUCAGUGCCGGUGAACCAGCUGCUCCUCGGUCGCCCGGCGAUUGUGACCAACAAGGGCAAGCGGGUUGGUGCCCCCUUGGGAGCCAUUCCACCCGCUCGCAAGCCAUCCCUUCCAGCCGUGCUCCACACCAAGCCGGCUCCUGAGAAGCAGCUGCGACGGGGAGAGACCCUGCUCUGGCGGGACACAGACCCUAGUCGAAGGCGUCGGGAUAGCCUCACCUGGAAGGAGAUCAAGGCAGAUCGGGCGGCCAUGAUGCGGGAGGGCAUCGAUGUGAGCUCUGUGAAGACCCAAAAGCUGCGCACGAGAUUCGGGAAGAGCGACAGCUCCUCCUACAGCGAGGAUAGCGAUGGAGAUCAGGACGCUGGACCCGCUGGAGGGGGAGGAUCCAGCACGGACACCAGCCUCUGCGACGAUGAUGAUCCCAAGUCCAUGGAGAAGAGUCCCAAGCACAAGGCAAAGCUGGCGCGCAAGCUCAAGGAGCAGAAGCAGCUGAGCAGUUCCAGGGAGACGAGCUUGGAUCGACAGAGACCCAAGUCCUGGGCACCCAGCAGCAAUGAGAUUCCCUUCAUGCUCAUGGGCACGGAUAGUGGCGAUGAGAAGGAGUCGGCGGUCAGGGAGGAACCGGAAACGGAACUGGAAACGGGAGAUGCUGCAGAGGAUAGUGCCACUGAGAGCGGUCGCUUUGGCUUUGACAAGGAAUUGGAUACGGUUAGCUUUAAGCUGGAACCACUGAAAAUCCAUAGCGAUCCGGAGUUUCCAGACCCGACUUCCAUUAGUACCUUACCCACGCCCAAGGAAAAAAGCGAAGCUGAAGAGGAUCUGCUGGAGGAGCCAAAGGCAAAGCCCUUCGAUGUGAGCGAUAGUGGAGUGACCAAUCAGUAUUUCGAAAGGGUCAACAGCGUGGAGCGUCCCAAUCGCCUGGAGUUAUCCUACUCACUUAACGAGGAGGAGACGGACACCAGUGCCGUUUACCUGGAGGAAAGGGAGAAGAUCGAGGGGCACAGUGGCGAUAGGGAAUACCAGUCGAUGCCUCCAUUUUUUCCUAGAGAAGAUGAUAGUAGUGUACAGGUGGCCGGCAAAGUGCCUCAGAUACGAGAUGACAACAUUCCAGGUGAGAACAAGGAUGACUACAAAGAGCUCCUUAAUAUGACGAUAGGGGAAAAUGCUAGCUACAAACCACCUCCAACCACAGCCAGUAGUUUGAGUAAUGCGAGCCGGAAAAGAAGGGAUCCGCGACGCAAAACACUCACCCGCUCAUCGACCAUUGAGAUCGAGGAGCGAUAUCAGGCUCUCGAGCGGAGGAUCAGCCAGGAUCAGCCGAGUGGUGGCGACAGGCAGUCCAAGUACAUCCCCAGCACCGCUGCUCUGGAGGAGCGGUUCAACACCCUCGAGAAACAACUAAGUGCCGAGAAGCAGCGCAAGGAGAUGGCCGAAAUGGAGGCUGACUAUCCCAACAAAUCCGAGCGAAUUCCCUCCACCGCCGAUCUCGAAACGCGCUUCAAUUCCCUAACCAAGCAAAUGAGUUCCAGCGAAUCUAGUUCCAAAGCUCCCAUUGAUCUUAGGGACGAGGAGUCGCCUACCGGCAGCAGCUCAAAGGAGCAAAAGGAUAGCGAAAAAACCAGUAAACUGCAUAAAUCCGAGGAGCUUGAAUCUGAAUCUAAAGAAACUACGGAAAAAACACAAACCAGCGAUUUAAAAGAAAAGCCUAGCGAAGAAAAGGAGGCAGAAGAAAAGCCACGCCUUAAAAAGCUUCCAUCAACUGCUGAGCUGGAAGAUCGUUUCAAUGCCUUAGAACGCAAGAUGAGUGUGCAGAAGAGCAGCCCAUCGAAAUCCAAGAAAGAACCACCCGAUGAAGAAGAAACUAAGGCUGCAAAAGAGCCAGAUGAGUCCGAAAAGCCGAGGGAGAAGCCAACAACUCCUAACAAAGAUGUUGGGCAGAAAAAAACCAAAACUACGGAGGUUCCUAAAUCACCAACAAAAGACCAAGAACAAAAAGUAAAAGCUGAGUCUCCAAAAAGUGAAGAAAAAUCCACAAAAGAAAGCCCUAAAUCAGCAGAGGAGAACCAAAAACCAGUGACUUCUCCGGCUGGUAAAGAAAAGGUUUCGAAAUCGGAUUCAGAAAAUGCAGAGGCUCCCAAGAAACCGGAUCCAAAAGCUGUUGAAACUAAAAAGGCAGAAACUGGCAAGUCUCCCCAAGAAAAAGAUUCCGAAAAGGUAGAAACCAGUAAAACAAAGGAUUCCGAAUCUUCCGAGUCCGAUAAAAAGUCUUCUUCUGAAGAAAAAUCAAGUGCUAAGAAAGAAGAAUCUUCAAAAACUCCUCGAAAAUCACCGCCCUCCACUGAAGAAUUGGAAAAGCGUUUCAAUGCCCUGGAGAAACAGAUGAGCACCACCAAUAUGGAAACAACCAAGGAGUCUGAGCAAACAAAGUCACCGGAUAAAAGUAAAACCUCAAAAGAAGAAGAAAAGCCAAAAAAGUCGAUGAAAUCGUUUGACGAUAAAAUUAAAGAAGUUAAUACUGCAAUCGAAAAAGAGCAGAAGAAAGUUAAAACGGAAGAUCAAGCUGAAAAGAAAAGUAAGCCAGUUGAGGAAAACAAAAAGUUGGAAGACCCCAAAAAAAAUGAAGAACCCUCCGAGUCUACAGAAGAGGGUCUACAAAAGGGAAAGAACCAGAGAAGAGCUUCCGAGCCACCAUCUACUGAGGAUCUGGAGAAGCGCUUCGAAACCCUGAAGCGGCGCAUGAGCACUAAGAAUCAUUUGGGGACUACAAGCGAAACUGUUGAUGAGGCUCUGGAGCGGAUCCAACAGGAGGUGAUCUCGGAGGCAGUGGAGGAAAAGAAGCCACCUCCCUCGACGGAGGAUCUGGAGAGUCGCUUUGAGAAGCUACACGGGGGUGAGAAGAAGAAGGAGUCUACUGCGACAAGCACCACUCCACCCAAGCACGUAGACGUGGCCAUAGAGGCGCAUAUUCCAGAGCCACCACCACCGCCUCCACCACCCAAGGAAAGGCCACCCAUCCUGGCCGAACCCGUUCUCCACCAGCAACAGGCUCUGAUCGAGGAGCUGCAGAGCAAGAUGCGAGGCCAAUCACCCGGCGAGGAGAACCUCAAGCCUAGCGAGAUCAAUCCGCACAGGCAGCGGCAGAGGAAUCUCCUCCAGCGACCCACGCCCAUGGGCGAUGAGACAUCGGAAGCACCUGCAAACACGGCUUACUACAGAGCGGCAAACCAAGAGCCAUGGCAGCAGCGCAUGGUGCGUCGGUUCUCUGAUUUACCCUCCCGGGCCGAUCUGGAGAACCGAUUGCAGUUCCUGGAGAGGCAACUCUACAAGAAGUUCUACAAGCAGCGCUGUGCAAGUGAUUCCGAGGUUGCAUCGAGGGUCAAGCUGCCGCCCGACGACCAGCCCAGCACAUCCCGCCAAGCGAAGGUCCUGGAGGCCGAGGGUCAGCUGGAGCAGCGUGUCCUGGCGCUGGAGAAGCAGCUGAGCGAGAACAGUCUCAAGUUGCUGGAGGCGAUGAGGGAGCGCCAGCGGUCGGCGGUUCCCCGGAGCGAUGACAGUGGCUCUCCGAGGCGCCUCAGCACGGAGACCAUUGACGCCACCGGCAAGGAGCUGGUGAGGUAUACCCAGAACAUUGGUGAACUGGAGGAGCUGGACGCCCACAAGCCUAUCAACAUUAGCAUUAACAUCAAAAUGCUGGUCAACAAGGAUGGUGAGUCCAAGCAACCCAAAGGUGACUCCAAGCCCACCACAGAGGAUCUCACUCGUCGCCUGGAGCAGUUGGAGCAGCAAUUGUUGGAGGAGCGGGCAAAGAAUGGUUCAAUUCCGCCGGAAAGCGAAGUCCCAGAGGAGAAGCCACCAAAGCCAGAGGAAAGAGACGACUGCAAGAAGCAGGAGAAAAACUGCCACAAUCAACAUGUGAAAAGUGACGAAGUUGAGAAAGUGGAAGCUCCUCUAAAGGGGAAAAUUGAACCGGAAGCAGUGAAGGAAAGCAAAACCCUGGAAAACGAGGAAAAAGCUCAGGCUCGAGCCAAGGAGGUGGUUACAGAAAAGUCUGGAAAGGAGGAUAAAGCUGUAGUGGACGAAAAACCAACUAAAAAAACAGUUUUGGUGAAACAGAAAUCUUCAGUUCAAGAAAAGUCAGAAGAAGAAACUAAGAAAAAACCAGAAACCAAAGUUGAAGUAGCUCAGGAAACGUCCUCCCAAGAGAAAAUACUUCCAACUAAGAAGGAAGCACCCUCAACAAAAGAUCCUAAACCUAAAGAAGCUCCUUCUCAAGAAGAGACCAAUAAAAAGGAAAGUGAAAAGGUGAAGAAUGAAGAAUCCAAAAGUAAGGAAACUCCCUCUACUAACAAAACUGAAAAUCCCAAAGCUGAAACCAAGGAAACCCCUUCUGAAACGGUUUCUUCCAACAAAUCAACUAAAGAACUGCCAGAAAAGAAAGAAACUAGCAAAGAACUUCCCGACAAAAUGGUGAUCAACUCCAGCGAUGUGGGACCCAUGGAUCCCAACAGCAAGACAGUGGUACUCCUGAUGGACAAUGAACCCAGAGCCUCGAAGGUUAGGAGAUUGACUAGAGCCAACACCGAAGAACUAGAGGACCUUUUCCAGGCUCUGGAGAAGCAGCUUAACGAUCGGAAUCUCGUCAAAUCCGAGGAUGGUCGCCUGAUACGAGUGGAAAGCAAGCCAAGUGCAGAGCAGCAAGAGCAGGCACAGGCAAUUUGCGAUCUCACCAAGGAAAUUGAGGAUUUCACCAGCGCCAAGCCGGAGGAGAUAGAGAAACCCAAGGAGGUGGAGAAAGCGGAGAAAGCGGAGAAAGCAGAGCCAGAAGAACCCGAGGAGGACUACGAUUGGGGACCCAACACGGUGAAACAUCAUCUGAAACGCAAAACAGUUUAUCUGCCCUCCACCAAGGAGUUGGAAUCUCGCUUUCGCUCCCUGGAACGUCAAAUAAAACUGCUGGAGGAUGUGGAAAAGAUAGAUGUGGAGCAGCGUUUGGUCGAGAUCGAAAGGAAAAUCAAACUGCAGUACUCGCUUUCCCACGAGAAGGACUUGAACAAGUAUCUGGAGCUGUGCGAGGGCAAGGGUUUGGAUGAUGAGGAAACGUUGCCCUUGGAAACCCCCACGAAAUCCGAGGAAACUGCAGCUGGCAGAGAUCGUUCUCGAAGUCCUGGGCGCAAGGUGGCCACCAAAUCUCCAUAUACUUCUCCAUCGCGAAAGGUCACUACUAAAUCUCCAUAUGUUUCUCCGACGCGAAAGUCUGCCACCAAGUCUCCAUAUGUUUCUCCUUCCCGAAAGGCAACCAAAUCACCCUAUACUUCCCCGUCCAGACUUCGCCAGAGAUCACCUUCUCCCACCCGAUCGCCGGAGAGGAAGUCCAAAAGAAGCCCCUAUACCUCGCCAGCCCGUCGCAAGCCACAUCCCAACGAUCUGCCCAUCUCCGAUGACCUGGAGUACAAGUAUCGGGUACUCGACUUGGUGCGCUCCAAGUCCAAGGAGAACUUGGCCAAGCGCAUGAAUGAUCCCAACAGAAAACCAGCCAUUCAUCCCCUGGAAAUGAUUCUGAGUCCCAGUCCGGAUGACAGUGCCAUACCCACAACGGGCGAACUGGAGCACAGAAUACGAGUACUGGAUGGCAAGCUCAAGUCGCCGGCGAAAACUCGAUCCAAGUCUCGCUCACGUUCGCCCACCAUCGAGGACAUAAAACGCCAGAAGAUGCGGGAUGAGCAGAAGCCCAGGACUCCCGUACACAAUCUGGAGAGAAUCGUUAGCUCUCCUGGUCGACCAGAACCACCCACUGCCGAGGAGCUCGAGGAGCGCAUACGCAUCCUGGAGCAGGAGCACAAGUUCGACUUCAAGACCCAGAAGGACUACAAGGCAUUCAAUCAAAAGCUCAAGGACGUCAUCUCCCCGUCGCUCUCCUUCGAGGAGUUCCGGGCGGCCAAGUCUCGGGAGCAGAGCCCCCGCCGCCAUGGAGCCACCACGCCCAAGUCUGCCCUCCGUCGCGACGAUUUCGAUGAGCCGUACUCCAGCAGUGCCAGCACCACCCACUACCGCCCCACCAGCCCCAAGGUCAUUCGGUUUCGCGACGAAGACAUCGACGAGGACGAGGACCGCUUCGAGGAGGCACCCAGGCCGAAGUCGCGGCAGACCAGCGAUCGAAUGGUGGGCAGCACUAUUGACGUUUUGGACUGUUUGGCGGAGAAUACUAAAAUUCUUGAACGUAUUCUUAAGAAGACUCUUGCAGAUCAGCCAUCGGCCACUCGCAGCUACGCCAGCAGCUCGGAGGGUCUGGACGCCUUGGGUAGUCGUCUAAUGAGGGAAACCUCGCCGAUUACCCGAACCGGAACCCACACGGGCGUACCGCUGCGCACGGGGGAGAACAUCAACGACCGCCUGAGUUCCAUCAAGAACUCCAUCAAAUCGAUCGACACGCUGUGCGAGGAGAAGCCCUACCAGAAGGAGAAGUGCCAGCGGUACAUCGACUCCCUCUUCUCGGACUCGCUGCACUUUGCCAGCAAGAAGAGUUCCCUGGAGGAUCUCAGUCUCAGCCGGAGCCUGAGUCGCAGCGAGAGCCGUGGCAGGAGCAUUCAUCGAUCCGGGGACUAUGCUCCCUCGAUAAGGAUCACCUCGGAGCAUCGAUCUUUGGGUUCGGCGGAGUCCCGCAGGAGUCCGCUGGGCAAUAGGGACACGAGUCCUUACCGAUCCCACAGGGAGAUGAGCCGGGAGCUGUCGCCGCGGCGGAGGCGUCUGGAGGAGGAGGACGAGGAGCGUAAGGAUCGGGAGAGCAGUAGGGUAAGACGUGAUAACUUGUUGCCAAAUUAUUUUGCUGAUAAUCGUAGCGAACUAAGUAGCGGGAGUAGUUUAACCGGGUUUAACCACAAAGUAGAUAGACAACUAGAAGAGACGUGCGCCAAGUAUGCGGACGAUGCCAGACGCUCGGCCUGUCGCACACCGUUGAGCCACCCGUACGAGUCCCGCACCACAGCCACACGCCACAGCCACAGUCACACCGAUCCUGUCCAGAUCCAGGCCAGCACAACCGGAUCAGCCAGUGCAACCGAUAGUUUCCCCCGGCCCGUGUCGCCCUACCGCCAGCCCUACGAUCCCUACCAUCGGUCCCCAGGGGGUGCAGGUGGAGCCACGCCCCUUUACCAGCCCGGCAAGCUGGAGAUCCGGCACACCACCGUCACCUCGACCUUCUACGAUCGGUUCCUCACCGAGAAGCAGAUCGAGCGGCAGACCCACUCCCGUCCGCCCAGCCGAUCGCCAGUGGUUUCGCCCUCGGCGCCGGCCAAGAGCUACGCGGAUUUGUGCAGCAUCACAUCCAGCACCAGCACCACCACUGCUUCUGUCACCACCUCCUCCUCAUUCAUGUCCAGCAGCUAUGCUGGCGCCUCCUUUUCGCUGCCCUCCACCAGCAACUACUCCUACUUGAACACGGCUUCGGGUGUCUCCGCCACCUCUCCCAGGGCCAGUUGCUCAGAUCUUCGCUCCACCACCACCGCCGCAUCCUUGACCACCACCACCACCACUACAUCUUCCUCCUAUGUGCCCUACAAUUUCAGCAGCUCCUUCACCUCUCGCCUGAGCGAACCCAUUGCCACUUGCUCGGCCAGUGCUGCGAGCACUAGUUCCCUCACCCAUUCCACGGGUGUUUACAAUCCCAUGAUGUCGUUCACGCUGAGGGAACCCCUUGCCAGCGGUUCCCUGGGUGCUUCAAGUGCCUCCCCAUUGCUACCGUUUCAGUUUAACCGAAACUUUACUUCCAACUUCGACAAGGAGCAGAACAAACAGUAGAGGAACCCACAUCAAUCGUUAACCGAAGGUUGUCCAUUAACACUAACAAGCCUCGAAAACUUUUUCCCCAACAUAAAAUCGAUACAGUACUCGAACAAAUCAAGCUCAAAACUUAUUAUACUGAGAGAAAAAUCAGUCUAAGAACAAUACUAGUGUAAAGAUAUGUUUCAUAAGCAAAAUUAAAGUCUAUUAGUAGAAUUUUUAGCUACAAAAGAAAACUUAAGUUUAUAAAGCUUGUGUUCUAUGUGCAAAACUAAAAAUCUUAAGUUUAGUGAUAUCCAUUCAGAACUUUUAAAUCCUAGAAUUAAACGUUAAAUGUUGUUACCUUUCCUUACUGCAAAAUUACUUUCCUGAUUUUAGAUCGGUUUUUAUCUCAGUAACUCUCGCUAAGCAAUAUAAAUAUAGUAAAUAUUAUAACCAGUUAUAGGCGAACACAACUACAUAUUCUCUAUAAAUAUAUACAAUCCUGGCAAAUCGGAUAUUUACUCUUCAAGCAACUCUUGCACCAAACCAUUUUGGCUUAUUGCAACUUACCUCAUCUACAUUGACAGCACCAGCAACCUAACAGAUCAUAACUUAGCAAAGAUUUUUAUACAAUAUAUAUCUACGCGUAUACAAGGAGUAUAGCUAUCGAAACUGUAACCGAAAAGGGGGCGAAAUGUUAUUACAUCUUUUUCAGCGUUAAAGUUUAGCUCUAAUUGCCCUAACCAGAACACUCAAUUAAACUUAAACUUUUCCCUACAAUUUACUAAUCAAUCGGUUUACACUAGCCAACAAAUACCCAGAUUAAACACACACGGUGUUAAACUCUAAAGUGCAUUUUUGGGCCGAGUUAGUCGCGGAAGCUGAGUAUAAUGAUUAAUCAAAUUACGUUAACUGACUGACACGAGCCGUAAAAUUAGUUUGCCAACAUUGUUAAAUAUACACGCAGCCACAUAUAAAUGUACCUAUACCAAUUGAAUGAUAUAUAUUGUAUUUGAUUACAUACCGAUUGCAGUUGUUGAAUUUCAAUUAUGCAAAGGACCCGAUUGCGAUUAUGAAUAAGCAAGCAAAGAUAAACCCCAAUGCAAAUGGCCAUAGAAGCCAUUAUCACUCGCGGCAGCGGAGCCGACAGUUAAUCAAAACGAUUAGGAAAAUU